AUGCGGCUGCCCGAGCAACCUGGAGAGGGGAAGCCUGAGCAUGAGGAAAAGGGGGGCAGAGGAGCCCCUGGAGGGGGAGAGGAGCCGCCGAGGAGCCAGGCCCCCGACUUCCCCACUUGGCAAAAGAUGCCUUUCCACCAUGUGACCGCUGGCCUGUUGUACAAGGGGAAUUACCUCAACCGGUCUCUCUCUGCUGGCAGCGACAGCGAGCAGCUUGCUAAUAUCUCCGUGGAGGAGCUCGAUGAAAUCCGAGAGGCCUUUCGGGUUCUGGACCGAGAUGGGAAUGGCUUCAUCUCCAAGCAGGAGCUGGGAAUGGCCAUGCGCUCUCUGGGGUACAUGCCGAGUGAGGUGGAGCUGGCCAUCAUCAUGCAGCGCCUGGACAUGGACGGGGAUGGCCAGGUGGAUUUUGAUGAAUUCAUGACAAUUCUUGGCCCGAAACUGGUGUCUUCAGAAGGCCGUGAUGGUUUUCUUGGAAACACAAUAGAUAGCAUAUUCUGGCAGUUCGACAUGCAAAGGAUAACUCUGGAAGAGUUGAAGCACAUCCUCUAUCACGCCUUCCGGGACCACUUGACAAUGAAGGACAUUGAGAACAUCAUCAUCAACGAGGAGGAGAGCCUGAAUGAUACCUCGGGGAACUGCCAGACAGAGUUUGAAGGCGUGCACUCCCAGAAACAGAACAGGCAGACCUGCGUCCGGAAGAGCCUCAUCUGCGCCUUCGCCAUGGCCUUCAUCAUAAGCGUCAUGCUGAUCGCCGCCAACCAGAUCCUGCGGAGCGGCAUGGAGUAGCAGCCUCCCGCCACCAGCCGCUGCGGUCCCCGCUCACUGCGCAUGCGCACGCCCUGCGGGCCGACUCUUCCUCCACAAAAGCAGAUCUGGACGAUGCAGACGCGGCACAGUUCGGUGAAGAACCCAGGGUUGCAGUGCAACCUCUGUUGCAAGUCCACUUCAUCUCCUUGGCAGGGACACAAAAGGGCUGUCUUCAAUGCUUUAAUGGUUUUGUUUCCUAAUGCAAUAAAU